CGCAAUCAUGACUUCCACAAUCGGCAUUCCCAUCAAGCUCCUGAACGAGGCACAGGGCCACAUCGUUACCCUCGAAAUCACCUCUGGCCAGACUUACCGCGGCAAGCUUCUCGAUGCCGAGGACAACAUGAACGUCCAACUCAAGGACAUUACCGUCACCGCCCGCGACGGCCGCGUCUCCCAUCUCGACCAGGUCUACAUCCGCGGCUCCCACGUACGCUUCUUCAUUGUCCCCGACAUGCUCCGCAACGCGCCCAUGUUCCGCAGCCGCAACGUCCGUGGCCGCGGUGUCGGUCUCGCCAGAGGUCGCGCGACCGUCAGCCGAGCGCGCGCAGGCGGUCGAGGAGGACGAUAAACCCAACAAGAGGGAAGAAGAGACGAAUAAUAGAGAGACAAAUGCGUGUUUUGGCGUUCAGGCUUAUUUGGAUUUUUCAUGAGCUUCAAACGAGGGGGUUUAUCAUCUUCGUUUUCUUGGUAAAAAUGAAUCACAAGGAGAGGGGGGAGAGUGAUACAACAACAGGCUUCGGUAUGAUACCAGUCUAGACAUGGAGGACGAGAUGUUGCAUUGAUUGUGAAGCUCGACGAGGAAUGCAUGACCUCGUGGCAGAGUGGGCUAUUCGAGAUUGACUAGAUUACAAAAAAAGAGGCGUCUGUCUGUCACGCCUGGUAUCUCGUCACCGUCUAUUAUAUCGUCUCAGUUGCUUUCAUUUCGUUUUAAUGUACAUGUCCCCCUUUUUCAUUUCAUGCGUUCAAGAGCUUUCUGGGCCUUGGCCACGAGUUCUCGGACUUCGAUGAGUUCAUCGCCCUUUUGGUCAACAACCACUCGCUCUUGUGGUUUCUCAACAUUGGUAACAGCUACAACACUCUCUUCAACACCUCGCAAAGCUUUGCGACCCUCCUCACGGACUUCACCCUCCCAGAAUGAUCGCGCGGCAUCCCAUUUCUUUUGUAGACGGCUGGCACUCCACACUACUCCUAGUGCUGCGACAGCGCCAGCUUCAAAGAUGGAGUAGGACGAGACGUAAAGGAGGGCACCAAGGGAGGUGGUGAGACCUGAAGUACCGAGCGAUUGCACAACAAGUCGUUGAGCUAAAGCCUGCAGUGCAGGGACGGUCUCGUUUUGUAGGUAUCGUCGUGUGAAAGCGAUAUGACCAGGCCACUUGGGUAGCACUAGGCGGGUGUGAACUGACACAAAUGGUUCCAACUCUCCUGAGCCCAGUUGCUUUAGGUCAUGGUUGGCGCCACUAGAUGAGUAUGGUUGGGGGUACGCCUGAUCAGCCUUUGCAGCUUGGGCGAUCUGCCCUGUGAGAUAGACGAGUUCUCGCUCUGCUGUAGGUAGAAACCGUUGGUUCAACAUCUCAUUUGUGAGCAUGGCAACAUCAUCCACUCUCAGGAACAGUUGCCACCAUCCCAGCUUACGCCAUCUUCUGCCCGUGAAUGCCAGGUCAAGCUCGUCUUGCAGCUCUGCAUGUGC